AUGGCUCAGAUCCUGUCCUCCUUCAAUUGUAUGCAUUUGUGCCAUGUGAGUGUGCGGAAGCCGCGACGCAUUUCCAUUGGCUGGCGGCUGCCUGUGCGGUCUCGAACCCAAAAGUCGUCACGACAAGUCGAUCAUAUCGGGCUCAACCAAUUUGACCAAAUCACGGGCUUUUUUCAUUUUUCCAAAUUGCCUCCAUUCACAUAUUCCAGUUUAUCGUCAAACCCAGCACCGGACCUAGGCGUUAGGGUGCCACAUCUGGUGUCCUAA